AGAUGCGAUGAUGUCGAUAUCACCUCAUGCGAAGAUGUGAAAAAAGCGGUGGACCGAUAGAGCGCAGGAAUUUUCAGGGAUCUGGAGGGCCUCCAUGCCCGCACGCGCGCCUAGACAAAAAAGGCGACUAUAGGGAGUUGGCUAACAAAUUGGGCAAAAAAUUGAAUGUGACGCGCGUCGUAGUAGUACGCGUCCUCAAAGCCCUCAUUCUAACCACCACAAACACAACAUGGAAACAUCGUUUGCAAUAACUGGCAAGGGCUAUGUGAUAGUAGCUGCUGAUACUACUGCAGCCAGAUCCAUUGUCAAGAUGCAGAUCGACCAAGACAAAAUCAAGGAGCUCAGUCCUCAUCUUCUCAUGGCGUACUCGGGUGAACCAGGCGAUACCGUUCAGUUCGCUGAAUUCGUCGAGCGCAACAUUCGUCUGUACCAAAUCCGUAAUUUGUAUCCUCUUCGCCCAGCCGCGGCCGCAUCAUGGAUCCGCCGUUCAAUAGCGGAAUCUCUGAGAUCACGAAGCCCGUACUCAGUCAACUUGCUGCUAGGCGGAUAUGAUACGUCCUUGCACGCACCGAACUUGUAUUGGAUUGAUUACUUGGGGACAGCGGUGGAAGUCCCCUUUGCUGCGCAUGGAUAUGGUAGUUACUUUGCUCUGAGUUUGCUCGACCGUUAUCAUGAUCCAGAAGCAUCCCUGGAAGAGGGCCUUGCUGUUCUGAAACGUUGCAUCGAUGAGGUGUCGAAGCGUCUGGUCGUUAACCCGGGAAAAUACAAGGUCAAAGUGGUUGACAAAGACGGUAUUCGAGAAGUCGAGAUAUAAUGUCACCCCUGGCCAUGUGUACUGUAAUGUACUACUGCCGU